UCAAAUAGAAAAAUAAUGUCGUACAGAGAUAUAAGAAAUUUUUUGGAGAUGCUCAGGGCGUUGGGCUAUCCUAGUUUAAUAUCAAUGGAGAGUUUUCGAACUCCCAAUUUUCCCCUGGUUGCUGAUUUAUUAGUAUGGCUUGCUAAAAGAUUUGACCCAUAUGCUGAAAUCCCAACUGAAAUUUCCACUGAGGAACAACGGAUUGAUUUGAUUAGAUCUGCCGCCCAGUUUAUGGCUUUGAAGGCAAGUGUAAAAUUGAACACGAAACGUUUAUACCAAGCGGAUGGGUAUGCAGUAAAAGAACUGUUAAAAAUCACCAGUUUAUUGUAUGAAGCCUUGACCGUAAACCUAGACGACGCUAAAGAUGGCGGAUACGACGACGACAGUUUCAAUAUGCGCGAUUACGAUAUAUCGGACAAGGUCACUGAAUUAAAACAAUCCCGACAACUAGCCAGCGAGAUCACAGCCACUGGCGCGAACCUCUUCGAUCUUCUUGGGAAAGAAAUUAGUCUCAGAGGUUCCAGAAAUAAAAGUAUGGCUAAACAGUUUGAGAUUUCAGACGUGGAGGGUGGGAUAAAAAAGGCAAUUGAAGCAGUCACCAAGGAAAUCUCCGAAACCAAACAAUUAAUAGACAACGUUGCAGCUACUGAAGCUAGUCUUGAUUCUAAAAUAGAACGUCGCAAAGUUGAAAUCGACAGAUAUGAAAAACGUCUUCAAACUUUAAAGAAAGUUAGGCCCGCAUUUUUGGAAGAGUUCACAAUUUUAGAACAAGAACUUGAACAUCUAUUCAUCCAGUACAGCGUUCGACUUCGGUGCCUCAACCAACUCGAAAAGCAAUUCUCCGAAGCUGAGAGAGCAGAAAUUGAAAAAGAGUUACAAAUGACUUCUCCAAGAAUACAAACUAUACCACUAGAUGACACUUCACAUGAUGACAUGUUCUUAGAACUGGAAGACAGAGGAGAUGCCAGACCGAUCCAGAAACAGGAACGUCCAAGAGCUAGUACUGGUGGCAGACAUCGCGCCAAAGCUUAUGGCGGAAUGCAUCCACCGUUAAAUGGCAGCCAUUCCUCUUUGGAUUUGAGUACCGAUUCUGAAUCAGACGAACUGUUUUUGGAUAAGGAUGAACCCGAAUUGAUGCACUCUGAUGAGGAGUCUUUGGCUUUGGAAUUGUCUGGAAUUGAGAGAAAAGGAGCUACGUCUACAAGAAAGACCAGUAGCAAACAAGUGCAGGGAGACAGCGAUGAUGACUUUUAAUUGGGUAAUAGAAGUUUACACUUUUAUUUAAUUUACUUUAAAUUGUCGAUAUACUUUUUAUCAUCAGGAAAUAUUGAGUAUCUAGUUAAUAAAACAAAUACUUUUUAAA